GGUUAUUGCAAAGCUGCAGCGUGGAAGGAAGCACUUUAAACUCAGACUCUCUUCAGCCAUCAAGCUCUGAUCCCUCGGAUGUAGCUGCUGCUUUAGGCAAUGAAGCACAAGGCAGUUUAGUGAAGUUUCUGUUAAUCUUCAAGAACUGUUUGCCUGCAAUGGCUAAGAAGUAAUUCUGUUGAACAAACAUAUACGUACAUUUUCCUGCAACAGGCAACCAUACCAUGUGGAGUGUUGCAGGUUUCAGAGUCUUCAGAAUGGCUUCAAGAUGAACAUUGUUCUUCUAACUUCCCCAGAGCAGCUUGUGCUGUAGGGAUUAUGCUGAGUGAUUCUGACUUACUUCUGUCCUCCAGUGAUUCUUCCUUUGAUUUGAGUCAACAAUGGGCAGAAAAAAUCCUGGCAUCCUCUAAUGCUGUGUCAGAGGUGACAUUCGGGAAUAGUGUUAUCACUAGUAUGGAAGAAGAGAAUUUGGAAUCUGUCGCACUGGAGACUGAAUCUAAUAUGGAAAACUCAUCUCUUGCUUUGGAUGACAAAGGUGAUCAAAGUAAUGAGGAUGAACAAAAGACAGUUAAACCCACCAGUAAGGAGUUCAAGAAAACAUGGGGUUUUCGGAGGACUACAAUUGCAAAGCGUGAAGGAUUAGGGGAUGUUGACAUGGACAUCACGGAGCAGUCAUCUCCACAGCAGCAAAGCCUGGCUCUCAGGCGUAGCGGGCGACAGCCCAAGCGCACUGAACGAGUUGAAGAAUUUCUUACAACAGUAAGGCGCAGAGGAAGGAAGACUCUUCCUGCAACUCUUGAGGACCUGAGUGAGCCAGCAUCCUGCCAUGUUACUGACAUUGAAACGGCUUCUGAAGGCAGCGUAGAGAGCAUGCCAGAUAUAAAAAAUGUAACUCAGAAAUGUCGGUCCAAGGACAGUAAGGGCCAGUCAUCUCGGAAAAGUAGAACUGCUAAAGACCAUGAGGAGGAGGGGGAGGAGGAGGAGGAUACAUCUGACAGUGAUAGUGAUGGGUUAACAUUGAAAGAACUGCAGAACCGUCUCAGAAAGAAACGUGUUGAGGAGAAUCCUACAGAAUUAACACUGAAAGAGUUACAGAAUCGGCUCAGAAAAAAGCAUCAGGAGCAAAAUCCCACUGAGACGGUUGACGUCCAGGCAGGCAACCAAAUUAAGCAUGAAAUAGUUGUAAAGCAAGAACCAGAACAUACAGAGAACACUGAGGUUGGAGAUCAAGUAAUUGUCUCCAAGGAAAUUGCCGAAGCCAUUCAGGUUAAGAAAGAAACAAAACCUCCUGGGCAGAUCAGUGAUGACAUUGAAGAAUCUGCAAAAAGGAAAUCAGAGUCUGAGGUUUAUGAUCCUAGUACACUGUAUUGUAUUUGUCAACAGCCUCACAACAACAGGUUUAUGAUCUGUUGUGAUAGAUGUGAGGAAUGGUUUCACGGGAACUGCGUAGGGAUUUCAGAGGCUCGUGGGCGACUGUUGGAAAGGAAUGGGGAGGACUAUAUCUGCCCAAAUUGCACUAUUCUGCAGGUGCAGGAUGAAACAGUUAUGGAGGCAGACCAACAAGAAACCAUGUUAGGUCAGGUAACGGGUGAUGGCACAGAACUUACAAGCAUAGGAACGAUUGAGCAAAAGUCUGUUGAGGAUCAAGGAAUCAAGGGACGGAUUGAAAAAGCUGCAAAUCCAAGUGGAAAGAAAAAACUUAAAAUAUUUCAACCAGUAGUUGAAGAGCCUGAAGCAGCCAACUGCAUUGGACCAGGAUGUUCUAACGUGGCACAAUCAGGUUCUGUGUACUGUGGUCAUGAAUGCAUUCUCAAACAUGCCGCAGCCACCAUGAAGUUUCUAAGUGAAGGCAAAGAACAAAAGCCGAAAGAGAAGGCCAGACUAAAAGCUGACCGAAAUGUUGUUGUAAAGCCCCAGCUUUUGGCAGGUACCAAACCUCUCUCCAUGCAGAAGAAACCAGUUCCUGAGAAGAGAGAGAUUACUGUGAAGAAAACAGUGGUGACAGCUGUUAAGACUGAAGCAAACACUCAGACAGUUGCUAAAGAGCCACCCCCAGAAAGCAGCACACCAUCUUGGGCAAGCGAUCAUAAUUAUAAUGCAGUAAAGCCAGAAAAGACUCCUGCCAUUUCAUCAUCACUGUUAUUCAAAUCACAAAAAGAAGAUCGGAGGAAUGAUGAUAAACCAGCAGAAUCUUCAAAGAAAAUUAUUGUGUCCACUUCUGCCACUGAGAAACCCCUGUCUUUACAAACUAGAAAUCUGCCUCAAAAGAAAACUGCUGCAUUUACUGGUAGUUCACUGGCUAAGCACCCAAUUAAGCACUCUGCUGCAGGUUUCAAAGGAGUAAUCCCUAAGAAAUCCUCAGUUUCCACAGGUCAACCUUCAUCAAGUACUGUGUCAACAUCAAAGCCUUCACCUCUGUCUUAUGCUACAUCCUCAGUUUCUAAAAAGACAGGUGCCUCUUCUAGCAUGGCUGGAGGACUUCGGAAGCCCAUAGUGUCUUCUGCUUCAACAACUUCCUCAGCUUCAGCAGUAAAAUUAGCUGCAAGUGCCAGUCAAUCACAACCUAACUCCCAAAUUCGUCAAAAUAUACGGAGAUCCCUUAAAGAGAUUUUGUGGAAAAGAGUAAAUGACAGCGAUGACCUGGUCAUGACAGAAAGUGAAGUAGGAAAGAUUGCACUGAAUAUUGAAAAGGAGAUGUUUAAUUUAUUCCAAGCGACAGAUAAUCGAUAUAAGAGUAAAUAUCGCAGUAUUAUGUUCAACCUCAAGGACCCCAAAAAUCAGGGGCUUUUCCAUCGCGUUCUUCGAGAAGACCUUCCUUUGUCAAAGUUAGUAAGAAUGAAGCCGGAAGAACUUUUAUCGAAAGAGCUAGCUCUGUGGAAAGAGAAGCCAGCCAAAUCAAUGAUGGCAUCCAGACGCAAAACAUUUGAAAACAAGAAGCUUGCUGUCAAACAGGAACCCAUUCCAGAUGUUAACAUGGAAGAUUCCCCACCAGUGUCUGAUUCUGAUGAGCAGCAGGAUUCGGAUAGAGCAGCCCCUGAGAAAAGCACUGCUCCUGUUCUGGAUGUUUUCAGCAGCAUGUUGCAGGACACAACAAGUCAGCACAGAGCUCAUCUUUUUGAUCUGAACUGCAAAAUCUGUACAGGUCAGCUUUCCGCUUCAGAUGAUGAAGUAGCUUCAAAGAAACCAAAAAUGUCUGUUAAAAAGGCAGAACCAAAACCAGAAACAAAGUCAAAAUUUGAAAGCUCAGCACCAGCAGAUGAGGUGGAGGCUGCAAAAGAAGACCCAAAGAAUGUCCCAGAGCCUGUUGCUGAAUGUGCAACAGAAGCACUUCCUCAGCCAAGCUUGGAAAGGACUUACAUUCCUUUAACACAAGGGCAAACUAAUCCAGAAUUGUCUCUGCCUAAUGAGAGCGCUCUCUAUCCCACAUCCUAUGCUGGUGGAGUUAUCACUACCGUGACUGUCUCCGGCAAGGAUCCAAGAACAGCCAUGAGCACCGUGCCGGCCUCUGCAGCCGUGGGGACUUCAGUAUCGCAUCCCAUCCCCACACCUGACAAAGUGACUGUGGUGGAAAGCAAGCCAGAAAUGUCACGGUCUGUUUUACCUGCUCCGAAAUCAAUAUUAACCAAGCCAUCAUCCUCAUCAGACUCAAGAUAUAUGGCAGUUUCACCGUCACUAAAUGUUGGUAUGUCAGAGAUACGGUCCCCUCAAGAAGGAGAUACUUCCUUCUUUCUUUCUCGCCUCAGCACGAUUUGGAAAGGUUUCAUCAACAUGCAAGGCGUGGCAAAGUUUGUUACCAAAGCAUAUGCUGUUUCUGGGUCCUUUGAUUAUCUCAGUGAGGAUUUACCAGAUACAAUUCAUAUUGGAGGAAGAAUCUCACCGAAGACAGUGUGGGAUUAUAUUGGCAAACUUAAAUCUUCUGUUUCAAAGGAACUUUGUUUGAUCCGUUUCCAUCCUGCAACAGAAGAGGAGGAGGUUGCCUAUAUUUCUCUCUACUCCUAUUUUAGCAGUCGUGGCCGAUUUGGUGUUGUAGCUAAUAACAACAGACAUGUCAAGGACCUCUAUUUGAUACCUCUCAGUGCUAAGGAUCCUAUUCCAUCCAAACUUUUGCCCUUUGAGGGACCAGGUCUAGAAUCAACACGUCCAAACUUAAUCCUUGGAUUAGUGAUCUGUCAAAAAGCUAAGCGGCCCGCAACUGUACUAGAAUCUGAAAAGACUGAAGAAAAGAGAAGCAGAGUUCAGAUGCAGGAAGAAACUGAAGUAUCUGGAUACCCUAAAAGCAAUCCACUUUCCCAGCUAGAUAAGAAACCUCCAAAAUUUUCUCUCUAUUCUGGAGAAGUAGCUGUCAGCACAACACCACCUGGAUCUCCACCACCUCCACCCCCAAAUCCACCUUCAGAGCCACCAACAGUAACACCUUCUGUGUUAAAAAUACUGUCAUCGGUUAAAGCAGGAAAUCUAACCGCUGCUGCACCAACAAAUAUUUCACUGUCAGGAAAUAGCACAACUAUGGCAUCUACUACUACUCCUUCUUCCACAAAAUCAUCCACACCACUUGAUCACAUCCUACAGACUCUCUUUGGGAAAAAGAAAUCAUUUGACCCUGCUUCCAAGGACUCUGAAGGUGCUCAUGUGUCAAAGCCAGAAGGACAAGCCGUUACGAAUGAAGGACCACCUCCCGUUCCCUUACUUGAUCCCAUUGUGCAGCAAUUUGGACAGAUGUCAAAAGAAAAACCUAUAGAAGAGGAGGAAGAUGACAGACCUUAUGACCCUGAAGAAGAAUAUGCCCCAGAAAGAGCUUUUGAAAUGCAUAGUAGUGAAACGGGGGUUGAAAAACCGUGUGAAAUUUCAGAGCAAGAUGAGGCUUAUGACCCAGAAGAUGAAACUAUUUUAGAAGAAGCAAAGGUUACUGUUGAUGAUUUACCUAAUAAAAUGUAUUCAGAAUCUAAAAACAACCUGACACCUGCUCCAUUUGCACCUGACGCAUCUGCACAACCAACUUUGGUAGAGCAACAGAAAAUGUUAGAAGAAUUAAACAAACAAAUAGAAGAACAGAAAAGACAACUGGAAGAACAAGAAGAAGCCCUCAGGCAACAAAGAGCAGCUGUUGGUGUAUCAAUGGCUCACUUUUCAGUGUCUGAUGCAUUGAUGUCACCACCUCCAAAAACAACUAUAGCAAAAAAUGAGCUAUUUCAACAGGAAAAACAAGCUCCUGAACAAUCUGAGUUGACUUCAUCCUCAAGUCAAGUAUUCAGUCAGGCAACUGACCCUAGACAAAGCCGAGAUCCCCGACAAGCUAGGAGAAUUCUAACUGAAUCUAACGAAAGCGCUGACUCUAAUGUAAAACAGCAUGCCAAUCAGGGAGAAAUGUCUGUGACACAAAUUCUCCCACCCAGCUAUUCAGGUCCAUUACAAACAUCACUUGACAAAGAAGAUAAAAUGUUGAGUUCUGUUAGUCAGGCUAGUCUUAAUGAUGCAUGGCUUACAAGUGAAAAAAGUUCUGUUCUCUCUGAACAAGAUGUUCCUAUCAAGUUUGAAAAUGCUCCACAAGUUCACCAGGAAGCUCUGCAUAACGCAGCUGCUGUUGAAACAUCCACAGCUGCCCCUGUUCGUAAAGUACUGUUGCCCACACCACCUAGUACAUGUUUCAUCCCCGCUUUCUCUGCACCCAACAAUGCUCAGACUGUAGCUUGGUCAAAUGAAUCUCAGGACAACAGUGCUCCAGGGGUAGUAAGGGAUUCCUUUUCAGGCCCAAUGUUCACAGCUCAGGAGAACAUCCCUGGUCACUUUGAAGCAGAAAGAGGCUCGUCACAUUACGCAGACCAAAGAAAUCCUCACUUUUAUGAACAAAUGGAAUCCUCCACAAUUCAAAAUGAAGAAGUAAGAGUUGGACCCCCAUUUUCUUCCCUUGGACAAAAAGGUGGGUCUCCCUUGAUGUGUGGUGCUCCCGAUUUCCAUGGCCAGAGAGGUCCAGCACCACAGUAUGCUGAGGGCCAUAAUCCUCCUCCAAAUAACGAUGGACAAAGAGGGACUCCUCCAAACAGGUUUGGAGCCCCAAGAGCACCAAUUCCUUCAUUGUUUUCUGCACAGCAUGGACCACCCCCUCUGUUUGGUGAUAACAGGGGUCCGUCACCAUCAUUUCAUGGUGGGCCGAGAGAGAAAGCACCCUCUCAGUUUGAAGAUCACCGGGAACCUCAUAUGGAACACAGGGAAUUUCCAGAUGCUCAGUUUCAUGAGAUGAGUGGGCCUCCUGGACAGUUUGAAGGACCUGAGCCUCCUCAGUUUAUGGGUAAUAGAGGGCCUGCACCCUUCCCUAUCGGAGGCCAAAGGAGGCCUCCACCAAAUCAAUUUAAAGGUCAAAGAGGAGGGCCAUCAGCUCAGUUUGGAGGGCCAAGAGGACCACCACCUAACCAUUUUGGAGGUUCAAGAGGCCCUCCUCCAAAUCAAUUUGAAGGGCAAAGAGGACCUGCUCCAGGUCACAUGCCGGGACCAAGGGGACUUUUACCACCACCCUUUGAAGAACGAAGAGGAAGCCCUCCACCCAGAUUUCCAAACCAGAGAGGUCCAGCACCACAUCAGUUUGGAGGACCACGGGGGGCUGCAUCUGGGCCAUUUCCAGAGCAAAAUGAGCCUCCCUCUAAUAGACUUAAUUUUCCAGGACAGUCCCAGCAAAGUAUGAAACCAGCCCCCAGACCACUCCUGGAUCUCCCAAGUCAUCUACCACAACAUAGGAAAGAGUUGUGGGAUGAAACUGGACCACCUGCCUCUCAUCCCAACGUUUCAACACAGAGUUCUGAGUCAGAAGCACAGUGGCCAGCAACUGAUUUCCGAGAAAGCCGAAGUAAUGACUACCGAGCCCAGAAUUUUGACGGGAGACAGAGAGAAAGAUUUGAGGGAGGUAAUAAAGAAAAAAUAGUAGAGCCGCCUGAUCAAUCAGAGAAUCGGUCAAAUAGAGGAACUGAUGACAGACGAAGAGAUCGCGACCAUAACUGGGCUUGGGAAAGGGACCGUGGCAGAAACUGGAAUAGGGGUAGGGAAAGAGACUGGGAGAGACACAAAGAAAAAGACUGGGAUAAAAACAGAGAUAGAAACUAUAACAAAGACAGGGAAAGAGAAUCGGAACGGGGUAAAGAUUGGGACAGAAACCGAGAGAGAACUAGAAACAGAGAUGGGGAUACUUACAGAAGACGAGACAGAUCAAGAAGCAGAGAUCGUGAUUAUGACAGAUUCAGGGAAAGAGACCGAGCUCGAAGCAGGGAGAGGGAAAAAGACAGGGACAGGGAUCGGGAUCGUGACAAAGACAGAGCAAGAGAUCGCAAGGACCGGAGCAGAAGUAUGGAAUGCGACAAGGACUCUAAGCCAGAAACCCAGACAGGUGGUCAAAGGCUAUCACAGCCAGAAGCUGCUCCAUCCGCUAAGCAGACAUAAAACGCAAAAUUCCGCCAAUGAGUCACUGCAAAGAAAACGAUUGUAAAAAUUGACUGUGUACAUAUUGUAUAUUGUUUGUUCGAAAAUACUUGGUACAAAACUGAUUUCACAAAUAUGAGAAACAUUUUGAAUUGUAAAUGCAUAUAUUCAUAUCUCAAGCAGCACAUGUGGGAGUUGCAACCUUUUGUUCACAAUGUUUUCUUACAAAAUACUUUGGUCCUAUACAGAUAGAUUCUAGUAGAGCUUGAGAGCUUUAUUCUUCCUCUUCUUGGGCCAGUGAAUUACUUGCUUGGGUGGGUUUCUGGAAAAAGGGAUCUGUUGAGCCCUUAUGCAGGUGUUGCAACAAUACCUGGAGGGAUCCUGGCUGUAGCAUCAUUAUUCUAAAAAGUUUUGUUUCCCUAAUUCUUCCUUUACCUUGAAAUUUCAAUUUACAGGUGUAAACACAGGCACUAUCUUCAAAGAGUACAUUGCUUUUUAGGAUAUAAAGUUUUGUUUUCCAGUAACUUGAAUUGCAAUUUUAUGGAAAUUUAAGCAAGAUCUUAGAAGCCAUACCUUUAAAACUCAAAUAUAGGGUAUUUUUGUGUCUCCUGCAAUUCUGAUGUACAAGAGAGCCCAAUGUUUGAGUUAAUUAUGAAGGGUUUGGUGUAUUUAAGAAAUGAUGGCUAAGGAACAGUGUUACUACUUGCAGAAUGACUAAGAAAUGCUGAGCUUCUGAGUUCAUUAUCUUUUUACAUGAAGGCAUUUUGAGUUAAACUGGUCAUUUGAUUCAACAGGUAAGAGUUCAGGCAAGAAAUGAGUAUGUCUAAAUUACUACCUUUCCUGUGAAUAAAAGGUUUUAAAUGUUGCAUUUUUACCAAACAUUAUAGAUGAAAAUUACAUCUGUAUAAAAUAUAUCUAAGCUUUUAAAACAUGCUUAUUGAAAAACAUUUUAUAAAUUGGCCAAACAAAAGUGAAAUAGCUACCAGAACUAAUAAUUCAGCCAGAGAAAGAGUAUUUAAAAUUAAGCAUUGGCUUUUCCUGUAAUUUUUGGUCAAAAAGACUCAUAAAUUAAAAUAUCUGAAGAUAUUCUAGCCAAGCUUAAACACUUUAAAGUCAUAUUGGUUUCUGUGAGAGAGAUUUAAGCCUGUAAUAAGCCAGAGGUCAAUGGAACUUUAAUGUGCUUGAUUUGGACUGGACUAUGACUUCAGUUCUGUUCGUGUCAAACUUAGUUAUCUUGAAAUAUUGGAAGUAAAUAUUUGUACAAAGUUGGAGUAGUAAAGCUGAUACUAACAAUUCUGUGCUUCAAAAGGGAGAGAUUUUCACUGUGAAAUGCAGUAUACUAUUAGUUUUCCUGUAUUCUUCCAAGUUCGUAAUUCUAAAUGCAUAGAAAAAAAUAGGUUUAACUGGAUUUAUACAUUUACAGAUGUGCAGUUACUUUGAUAUUUUUAUAAGCAUUUUCAAGUGUAAAAUUAGAUUCAUAUCAUCUGCAUUUUGAAAUCUGCAUUACCGGUAGCACUACUCCAUGAAUAAAUCACUACAGAUUUACACUAUAUUGGUACAUCUUAGUCUUUAAACAUCAAAGACAUUCUGAUUUAAAAAUGACCUGUAUGCAAAAUCUUUUGCAAAAUACUAAAGAGAGUGUUGAACAAAAAUAUGUACUAUGAUGUAAUUUUUUUAAUUCAAGACAUUUCUAACUUAAAGACAUACAUGUAUGUAUGCAAAAUCAAGUGUUUGUUUAGGUUUACUUGACAGAGGUUUCUGUAAAUUGUAUUUUAUAUUUCAGAAUAUAUCAUUGUACAUUAAAUGUGGAACUUCAUAUGUUUUUGUUACUGUAAUUCAAAUAAACAUCUACAGAAAACCUUA